AGCAUGGCUCACGGGCCUGGCGCGCUAAUGCUCAAGUGCGUGGUGGUCGGCGACGGGGCGGUGGGCAAGACGUGCCUGCUCAUGAGCUAUGCCAACGACGCCUUCCCUGAGGAAUACGUGCCCACUGUCUUCGACCACUACGCAGUCAGCGUCACCGUGGGGGGCAAGCAGUACCUCCUGGGACUCUAUGACACAGCUGGACAGGAAGACUAUGAUCGUCUGAGGCCUUUAUCUUACCCCAUGACUGAUGUCUUCCUCAUAUGCUUCUCUGUGGUAAAUCCAGCCUCAUUUCAAAACGUGAAAGAGGAAUGGGUACCGGAACUUAAGGAAUAUGCACCAAAUGUCCCCUUCUUACUAAUAGGAACUCAGAUUGAUCUCCGAGAUGACCCCAAAACUUUAGCAAGACUCAACGACAUGAAAGAAAAACCUGUCUGUGUGGAACAAGGACAGAAACUAGCAAAAGAGAUAGGCGCAUGCUGCUAUGUGGAAUGUUCAGCUUUGACCCAGAAGGGUUUGAAGACUGUUUUUGAUGAGGCUAUCAUAGCCAUUUUAACUCCAAAGAAACACACAGUUAAAAAAAGAAUAGGAUCAAGAUGUAUAAACUGUUGUUUGAUUACGUGAGAAAAGUCUGUAGCGGCCAAGGAAACUGUCCACUUCUCCCAGAAAGCAUUUGAAAUGCUACAGCAAUGUCCUGACCUCUUACAAUGAAGCAGUUUAACUUGAGGGGGGAGGGAACCUGUCCCCAGCAUUCUACAGAGUUCACAGAGAAUGUUUCUUAAAGGUCUAAGCGGCAGCAAACAGCAUCUGAAGCCACAGUCUACUAUAAAUACUUUAUUUCAACUAGAAGGUACAAUCUCUCAGGGGUUUCAUAGUUAAAAGCUACAAUCACAUCACAUUGAGACAACAUUGACAAACAACAGUGCUGUAAAUGGAACCGCUUGGCUUUGACCAUCCACCUCUGCACAGCCCUUAUGGAAUCUGCACCGAGAAACAGCUUCUCCCCUUCCUCCUCUUAACUGCUCUUGUAUGUGAGUUGCUUUCUAUUCCAGUAUAUCCAGAGUGGUGAGCUCACCAGGCCAGCCACGUAGCCAAAGGUUGCUCCAAGUGUACAGGAGAUGGGCCACACCUGAGGAAAGAAUUAUGAAAUCAAAACCAACUGAUGUUUUAUUAUUACUUGAGCACAAAUUAAGUAUAACAUAAACAUUUCUAUAGUGAAGCUUAAUGUGCUUUCUUAAAGAAUGCCAAAAGUUUAAUAGGUCAUAAUUGCAUUUACCAUGAACACUAAAAUAUACACAUUUUAGUUAAUGUGCAUCAAAAGGUAGCAAGGCUUCUGGGCAACUGUAGAUUUAGUUUGAUGUUCCCCAAACUGCAUGAAAUACAUGCUAAGGUACAAAUUUAAAAAUUGGGUCAUAGUUUGCCAUAAUCCUGAACUCAGUUUAGCUCUCUGAGUUAGUUGGUCAUUUUUCUAAUUCCCACUUUGGCUGUGUACAUCAAAGGAAACAAGAAGUGAGUAGGCUGACAAACCUUAGGAACCUUCAGUGGUGUCAGGGAAGACCUAGACUCUAAGCAUGUUCUGUGGAAUGGGAGGGUGUUUGGCUUCCAUGAGCUACAGAUACCGUAGCCACAGAGGGUACAGCCCACAGCUUAUACACAUAGAGUAUAAGGCUUCCCAAGACGGUUUUUCCAGCCAUGUCAUACUUUAUUAAACCAGAACUAAAUAAUGGCGAUUUCUUUAAUGCCACAGACAGGAUAUGUGGGUCCCUACAUAAAAAGCCCUGUGUAAAAAAAUAUGGGAAGCAAACUUCCAUGUCUCUUUGUAAAGCUUAUUUGGUGUACUGGAGCCACUGCUGACCCUUCUCGGGGAAUAGGCCAUCACAGUGUACUGGAGACAAACCACCUUAAUAACUGGCUGGUACCAUUUGGUUUUCUUCCUCAGUCUGCUAUGGAUCUGCCUUAUUCUAAACGCCAUGCAACAGACAGUAGUGUUAGAUGACGCUUCCAUGAGAACCACCUCAUGCAGUUUAGGGAAGCAUAAUCUAAUCCAUAUCGUGUUGCCGGCCUUUCUUAGAUUUAAAUUUGCUGUUGCUUAAACUACGACUUCUUUGUCUUUAGCGAGCUUCUGUUAUCUUCUAGGACUUGUGCUCACAGCUUUGUCUACUGCACAGAUUGGGUAAUGGAACACUAAACAUUGAUACUUGAAAAUGACAGCCUUAAAUGUUCUACCAGUCACAAAUCUAGAUGUACUGUCUUGCAUGUGACUUUGUAGGAGUUUUUGAAGUCUAAGCACCACACGCCCCCCACUUGGUAGUGGACAGUCUACUGGACAAGAGCUUUCUCUUGGAAGUGGACGUGGGAUGUCUUUUUCUCCAAGCAGCGGUGGUUCACAUUAAGCAUCAUGGCCUUAUGUAUGCUCAGAUGGGGCUUCUGUAUCUUCCCCAUUUUGUUUUGGUCUGUUUUUAGAUAGAACUGAAAGAAACUGUAUAAUGAGUUAACAUGCUAGCUAAGUUGUCAAACCCAUGAUAUGAAGGAAUCCCGACAGUAAAGUGUUAUUCAUUU